AAAGUAAGAGUUGGAUAAGAUGAGUUUUGAUUUAAAUAUCGGAGAAAAAGAAAAAGAUGUUGCAGAUAAUAAGGAAAUAUUAUUUAAUGAAAAAGACGAUUCACAAUGGGAAUUGUUAUCGACCAGUACUUUUGAUACAGAAGAUAUUUCUGGAGAAGAUGAUAAGAAUGAAGAUAAAAAGAUAAAAAAUUAUGUUUCUUCAUAUAAAGAAGCGGUUCCAGGAAAAAAGAAAUAUCAAGAAAAGUAUCCAGAAAUUAUACCAGGAUAUGGAUCGGAUAGCUCAACAGAAGAGACGUUUAACACAAUUGGAAAUAUUUCUUUAGAAAAAUAUGAAAACUUCCCACAUAUUGGAUAUGAUAUUAAUGGAAAAAAGAUUAUGAGGCCGAUAACCAAAACGGCAUUAGAUAGACUUUUGAACACAAUAGAAGAUAAUGAAGGAUGGACGGGUAUAAUAGAUAAGGAUACCGGAGAAGAUAUUAGGCUUACAUCUGAAGAAUUGGAGAUAGUUAAAAAAAUACAGGAAAUGGAAAUUCCAGACGAUGAUUUUAAUCCAUAUGAGAUGUAUGUUGAUUACUUUUCAGGAAAACAGGAAAAAACACCUUUAAGCUCUGCUCCAGAGCCCAAAAGACGAUUUAUACCAAGUAAAAAUGAAAGAAAAAAGAUUAUGAAAAUUGUUCAAGCUAUUCGUACUGGAAGAAUAGUGCUAAGUAAGUCAAAGGAGAAAAUAAAACAGCCUUUAUUUUAUGAUAUUUGGACUGAUACUUCUUUAAAAUCUUAUGAUCAUAUUAUGCAUAUUCCUGCACCAAAAAUACCUUUGCCUACUCAUGAUGAAAGUUAUAAUCCUCCUGAAGAGUAUUUACCUUCUGAAGACGAAAUAAACAAAUGGAAUAAUACAUCUUACGAGGACCGAGAAAAGAAGUACUUACCGUCAAAAUAUAAAUCUCUAAGACUUGUACCUGGAUAUAAUCAGUUUAUUCAAGAACGUUUUGAAAGAUGCUUAGAUCUUUACUUAGCACCUAGAGUCCGAAAAAACAGGUUAAAUAUCAAUCCUGAAUCUCUUAUACCAAAACUUCCUUUAUUAGAAGAUCUUCGUCCCUUUCCAACAAGAUGUAUGAUUAUAUAUGAAGGCCAUAAAGGAUCUAUACAUUCUAUUGAUGUCGAUUCUACUGGUACAUGGCUUGCGAGUGGUGGUGACGAUGGAAUUGUUCGUAUUUGGGAAAUAAUUACUGGAAGAGAAAUCUGGAAUUUUAACUGUAACGAUAAUAGUGAAUCUAUUAAUUCUAUAGCAUGGAGACCUGUAAAAAAUUCAGAUAUAAUUAUAGCAUCUUGCGGAAAUAAUAUUUAUAUGCUUUUGCCUUCAAUAUUUAAUGACAGCAUUAAAAAUUCAGCUAAAGAGCUCUGUAAUUUAGGAUUUGAUAUGGAGAAAUUUCAAACGAAACAAAAUCUUUCAACAUGGUUAAAACCUAAUUUUAAACAAAUAGACAAAGGAUUACUUGUGUUAUUAAAUAUUAAAAAACGUAUUAAACAGGUUACAUGGCAUCGUAAUGGAGACUAUUUUGCUACAGUCUCGCCAGAAAGUGGAAAUACGUCUGUCCUAGUUCAUUUACUUUCUAAACAUCAAUCACAAUCACCGUUUAAAAAAGUUAAAGGUAUAAUUCAAAAAGUAGAGUUUCAUCCUACAAAACCUCUCUUUUUUGCAGCAACUCAGAGAUACGUAAAAGUUUAUAAUUUGAUAAAACAAGAAUUAAUAAAAAUUAUUCAGCCUGGAGUAAAAUGGAUAUCUUGUAUCGAUAUACAUCCUCAAGGUGAUAAUAUUAUUAUUGGUUCAUAUGAUAAAAAAUUAAUAUGGGUUGAUAUGGAUUUAUCAUCUAAGCCUUAUAAAACCUUAUGUUAUCAUGCAAAAGCGUUAAAAAGUGUAAAAUUCCAUAAAGGGCAAUAUCCAUUAUUUUGUUCAACCAGUGAUGAUGGAACAAUUCAGGUUUUUCAUGGGAUGGUAUAUAAUGAUUUAAUGGAAAAUGCUUUAUUAGUCCCACUAAAAAUUUUAAAAGGCCAUGAAAUCAAGAACUCUUUAGGCGUAUUUAAUGCACAAUGGCAUCCAAAACAACCCUGGCUUUUUUCUUGUGGAGUAGACGCCACAAUUCGACUUUGGACAUAG